AUGGCUGUCCUUGGCAAGAUCGAGGUGACAGUCUCCAGCGGUGGACGGGUGUUGCCAGAAUACACCGUUGAUCCAGACGUCGUCGAGAACCACGAGGCCGCUAAAAAUGGAAACGCACCCAUGUUUGUCAAAUACAUCGAGUCGACGCCUGGAGAAGAGUUUGCCAUACAUUACAAGCUACUAGCGGGUCAAGAUUUUGGCACGGCUGAUUACAUUGGACUCAGAUCAUACUUCGAUGGUACAUACCUAGCAGGAUCAGUCUUCGACCAUUUGAGAUAUGUGAUGAAAGGAUCACUAUCCGCCACCAGAUAUGGUGCGCAAUAUGAUGUCAAUGACCAUACGUCGAUAGAGAAGCACUUCUUCUGGAAAGAAUUGCAAACCACCGAAGAAGCACCUCUCCAGGGCACUGAAGACUUCAAGAAGUAUGCUCAACUGGGGACCAUCAGGGUGGUUGCCGAACGAAAGAAAACGGUUUCUAGGCCACACAAAAGACAGGAGAGGUCCAGGUUGAAUGAAGGGCCUGUUCCUCAAAAGGCACUCAAAGGUCAGGCGGUCGGAUCCACCAUAGGUCUAGGUCCAGAGCGUCCUGCCGAAAGAAACAGAGUCAGAAAUGGGGUGCAGGUUGAUCAAUAUCCUCUUGCCAUCUUCGUGUUUCUAUACAGAACCAAGCGUGACUUGCAAAAACUCGGAGUCAUUCCAAGAACACCAAGUCCCGUCCCACUGGAACAAAGAGAUAUCAACACUUUGUCGAACGAGGAGCUGAGAGUGCUUGUAACACGCCAGCAGGCCGAGCUUAAACUCAGUCGUCAAGAGACGAAGACCAAAAUCAAGCAAGAUCCAGACUUCAAGAUCAAGAAAGAAGCUACCUCAGUCAAUGCCAACGGUAUGUUAAUCCCUAGACUGAAGCGUGAGGCUGCCGACCCAAAUGAAGACAAUGACAAUGAUAUCGUGGUCGUGCGCUCAGAGAAGAAGCCCUGUAUCGAGCCGGAGGUCAUUGACUUGUCUGACUAA